GAUCCCAGCAAUGGUCUACUCUAAGCUGGUCCUCGGUCUCGGCUGCGGCCUCCUCGGCGCGGACGCGUACGCUCCCGGCACGCACGCGGCGCUGCGCCCGGCCAAGGUCCGGCUCGCCACCCCGGCGAUGAACGCGCGUCGCCAGCACCUCGGUGCGGCGCUCGGUGCGCUCGGUGCGCUCGCAUCUGUGCCGGCGGCACGGGCCGACAGCCCCGCCUCGCCCUGGGCGUACUCGACCUUCCUCGACGCGAUCGAGGCGGGCCAGGUCGAGAAGGUCUCCUUCGCAGCCGACGGCAAGCAGGCGCUCGCCAUCGACAAGGACGGCAACCGGCAUGAGGCGCUCGUGCUGCCCGAGCAGACGCCGGAGCUCGUCAAGAUCCUGACCAAGAAGAAUGUGGUCUUCGCGGUGCAGUCCCCUCCGGCCAACGACGGCGCCCUCCUCGGCGCCCUCGGCAACCUCGCCUUCCCGCUCCUCCUCAUCGGCGGCCUCUUCUUCCUCCAGAGCCGUGGCGGCGCAGGCGGCGGCAUGGGCGGCAUGGGCGGCGGGGGCGGCCCGCUGGGGAUGGGCAAGUCCAAGUCGAAGAUCCAGAUGGAGCCCCAGACCGGCGUCACCUUCGCCGACGUCGCCGGCUGCGACGGCUCCAAGCUUGAGCUGACGGAGAUCGUCGAGUUCCUCAAGAACCCGGGCAAGUACUCGGCGCUGGGCGCAAAGAUCCCGCGCGGCGCGGUGAUGGAGGGCCCUCCCGGCACAGGCAAGACCCUGCUCGCGCGCGCGGUGGCGGGCGAGGCGGGCGUCCCCUUCGUCUCCGCCUCGGGAUCCGAGUUCGUCGAGAUGUUCGUCGGCGUCGGGGCGGCGCGCGUGCGCGACCUGUUCGGCGAGGCAAAGAAGAACGCGCCGUGCAUCAUCUUCAUCGACGAGAUUGACGCGGUCGGCCGGCAGCGCGCCGGCGGGAACCAGGGCGGCGGCGGCGGCGGCGACGAGCGUGAGCAGACCCUCAACCAGAUCCUCACCGAGAUGGACGGCUUCGACGGAAACAGCGGCGUCAUCGUCCUCGCGGCGACCAACCGCGCGGACGUGCUCGACUCGGCGCUGCUGCGGCCGGGCCGCUUCGACCGGCGCGUGCCCGUCGACCUUCCCGACGUGGACGGGCGGCUCCAGAUCCUCAAGGUGCACGCGCGCGGCAAGCCCCUCGCCGACGACCUGGACAUGAUGAUGAUCGCCAAGCGGACGACGGGCUUCUCCGGCGCCUCGCUGGCCAACCUGCUCAACGAGGCGGCGAUCGUGGCGGCGCGCAACGACAAGACGGUGAUCGGGUACGACGAGGUCGACUACGCCAUCGACCGCAUCACCGUCGGCAUGGUCAAGCAGACCGGCACCUCCUUCCCGCAGCGGCAGCGGCUGGUCGCCUACCACGAGGCGGGCCACGCCAUCAUGGGCGCCCUCACGCCGGACUACGACCAGGUGGCCAAGGUGACCAUCCUGCCGCGCUCGAACGGCGCGGGCGGCUUCACCCUCUUCGCGCCCUCCGAGGAGCAGAUGUCCUCGGGCCUCUACUCGAAGCGCUACCUCAAGGGUCAGCUCGCCGUCGCGCUCGCGGGGCGCGUCAUCGAGGAGAUCGUCUACGGGGAGGACAUGGUGACGACGGGCGCGUCGGGCGACCUGCAGCAGGUGCGCAACAUCGCGCGGCGGAUGGUGACGCAGUGGGGCUACUCGAUGAAGGAGCUCGGCGCGACCUCGUGGGAGGGCGACCAGGGCAACGGCGGGUUUGGGCCGCAGGGCGCCUCUGCAGAGACUGAGAACCGGAUCAACGAGGAGGUCAUCAAGCUGGUGGCGGACGCGUACGAGGUGUGCAAGGAGACGAUGCUCGCCAACCGCGACAUCUGGGAGGAGCUGACCGAGAUGCUUCUCGAGGAGGAGACCAUCGACUACACGCAGAUGGAGACACUCAUCAAGAAGUUCUACCCGGACGGCCUCCCUAAGGGAGAGAGGAUCGUCAGGCCGACGCUCGCCGCCGCCUGAAGCCGCCAGCCCCAAAUCGCGGCUUAGGACCCGCUCCGGAGAUGAUGCAUAGUACGGUUGCUGCCUGUGGUCGUCUCGCUGUCUGAAAAUUGGUCGAAUCGCAAAUGUGCGGGGGGGGGGGGGUGGAGGGGUCGUCGUUGUAUUUUGGCAGAACGGGUUCGAGCCGAGUGUUGCGUCUCUUCUCGUUUCCAUGGUGGCUAGCCAGUGUUUCCGUCCGCUUUGAAAACCGAUGAACAAUUUUGUCA